AUGGAUAUAGCGGCACCAGGUUUGCAGGUCGCAACAGCUUCCGCUUCAUCCACAACGGGAGACCAGCAGAUUGCGGCGCUCACUAAGCAGCAACCUUUAGCAACCUUAGAAAGCAAUACCACAAAAUAUCCUCCUUCGCUCAUAAUCUACGAUUUGAAAACCGACAAUCUACUCAGGAAGUACGUGUUCCCCGAAGACCAGGUUAAAGAAGAUUCCGGUUUUGCCAAUAUCGCCGUAGAGGAUACGGACUGCGAUAAAACUUAUGCGUAUGCCGGCGACUUGGGCAAACCGGCCAUGGUCGUCUAUUCAUGGGAGAAAAACGAUUCGUGGCGCAUAACCCAUCACUACUUUAACCCCGAUCCGUUGGCCUGCGAUUUCAGCGUGAAAGGCCACAAUUUUAGCUGGACUGACGCGAUAUUCGGCCUAGGUCUCUCCGCUCCCAAUGCUGAUAACUUCAGCACCCUGUACUUCCAUCCGAUGGCCAGUUACAACGAAUUCUCGGUUUCGACUGAGUACUUAAGGAACCAAACCGUCGCCGAUGAUAACUUUGAUGCCUUCAAACUGUUAGGGAGCCGGGGGCCAAACGCUCAAUCAAGUGUUUCGUUUGUGGAUAGAAAAACCGGUGUCCUAUUUUAUUCGUUAGUGAAUCUAAACGCUGUGGCCUGUUGGCGGACAUCGAACAACAAAUACCUGAUGAAGAAUCAAGGCAGAAUUUACAUGAACGAGGAGACCAUGGUGUACCCUACCGAUAUAAAAGUCGAUUACGAGGAUAACUUAUGGAUCCUUUCGAAUCGAUUGCCGAUUUGGAUGUACGGAAAAUUGGAUCUUAACGAAGUGAACUUUAGGGUGUUUUCCGCUCCCGUCGUCCACGCUAUAAGUCAUACAGCCUGUGACAUCACUCCGAGGUCCGAUAUUCUGGAGAAAUUCGUGAAUAAAGCCAAGAACAUAACAAAAGAUAUCGUCGCCAAGGUUAAGCCGAAUUCUUCGACUACCACCAAACCUAUUACAGUUUUAUUAACAUUAAGUUGUCUCGUAAGGUUUUUAGCUACGUAAGUCGUUUCAAAAAUCAUUCUGUUCGCCGUUCGUAGGGGCUAAUGACGUCACUGAAUUUGACAGUAUGAAGCUAGUCGUCAAUGUAACACGACAGUGACGUUCGCACAGAUUUUUUAAAUCCAUCGACGUUCCCUGCUCU